AUGAGAUCGAUACUACUCAUCUCAUUAUUUUCAAUUUAUCUUCUUUCUGGCAUUCUGACCAUAUCCGAUGAAACCAGUUCAACACAAUGUACGCAAUAUGGCGAUCCGCCAGCUCCAUCAAGUGGAUCAAUGCUCAAUUAUAAUCAGAUGGUUCAAGUAUGUCAACAAAUAUUGGGACAACUGCUCACUUUUACGGAUAGCAAUAACGAAGCACGUUGCGCAUGUCUUCUUAUCACAUCCACAUCAAAAACACUGCCUCUAGUCGUUUGGCUUCAACCAUCUGUUGUUUACCCGACAUCAGUGUACAAUACGAACUUCACAGUAGAAGCAUUUACUGCCAAACUGACGGAUACGAUGAGCAGUUCGUCUGGCUAUCAUUUACUUAUUCCAGCCGCACGAGUCACGAAAAAUUUCGAAUGCGAUGCCAUUGAUUGUAUUGCCUGGGAUACUUGGUAUCGAAACUUUAAUCGUUCUGAUCCGAAGAUGAACGUUGAUAUUGAGACAAUCGACUAUUUCAUUAAUCAUGUCGUCUACCAAACGUCCAAUCUUCAUGUCGAUUACUCUCGUGUAUUUCUCUCUGGUUGGAGCAAUGGAGCUUCGAUGGCAUUGUUAUAUGCGCUUAAUACACCCAAUAUUGCUGCAGCAGCAGUAUAUUCAUCAACAAAUCCUUAUCGAAAUGACAAUGAUCCGUGUCCACAAAUGCCAAAUCCAUCGCAACGUACACCAGUACUCGAUUUGGUUAAUGAAUGCGACUCUACUGGCAUUUGCCUUGGGGGCGAAGAAUUCAUAGCUGACUUAAACAGUUGCUACGGAAAACAGCAGACUGCUACAUUUAUCACUAUCAACGGGUAUUUUGAUCCAAUGCCAACGCUGACACCGACGUGUAUGAAUUGCUCAGAAGCAACAGGAUUGCUUAAUCAUGGACGAUGGCCAGUAAAUCUUAAUAACCAGAUAUUCUAUGCCUUUUUUCGGAACUAUACAUCACACUGA